UAUGAUAAAAGUGAUUUAAGCCAAUAAAAACAUUCUUCAAAAUAUUGCUUCUUUUCUUACGACAGGCGCUUGCAACUGAUUUCUAGAAUAAUUUCGUGAAAAAGUGCACGCUUUAUAGGUUUGCUUAGAAAAUCAAAUUUUUCUUACUGAAUCAUGGCUAAUCAUGAUUGUCAUUGUCAUCACGGAUCCUCCAGAUAUGGUGUCAGUCAAUCAUUAGAAGAACUGUCGUUUGAAAAGGGUAUAUGGGGUGCAGCUCUAGAUGGAAAUGUGGAAAGAUUGAAAUCUAUUUUGAGUAAAGGAGAAGAUCCUUCAAUUCAUGAUUCAUCAGGAUACACAGCAUUACACUAUGCCUCAAGAAAUGGAAAAGAAGAAGCUUGCAGAAUUUUACUGUCAAAUGGUGCAAAUCCUAAUGCUCAAACAAAUGGAGGUGCAACUCCAUUGCACAGAGCUGCAUAUCUUGGUCAGCAGAAUAUAGUCUCACUUUUACUUCAGUAUAAAGCUAAUCCCUGUAUUUCUGAUAGUGAUGGAAAAACAGCCCUUCAUAAGGCAGCUGAAGGACAACAUUUGGAAGUAUGUCAGAUUCUUAUUAACCUGAAGCCAGAAUUAAUGAAAAUAGAAGACAAAAGAAAACAGUUACCAAUCCAUUAUGUUAAAGAAAAUAAUACAGCUUUAUUAUCACUCUUAAAAAUUUAAAUAAUUUAUUAUUUUUUUAAAAAAGAAUCAUGUAAAUAUGUA